AUAUAAAGCUAUUUUAAUAGUUUUGUUUAACUGGGAGGUGUGUUUUUGUAUUUUUCCAAUGGUUAUUAUCAAUAGCAUAAUAACUGGAUAAUUGAUAUACAGGGUUAAAAAUAAGUUUUAUUGCGCCAAAUGAAACUGAACAAUGGGAUCAGUGAGAGCAGAGUAAUACAACCCAUAUGCCCGACAGGAAGUAAGCAGCUCGGAUAACCACAGCCUGCUGUAAGAGCGUGAGCUAGGCUACUUGGCGCCGUAAGACUGAAGUUAUGACUUUAAUAUGGCUGAUAAGGGUCCGUUUUUAACUUCAUGUAUUAUUUUCUACCUAUCGAUCGGGGCCGCAAUAUUCCAAAUUCUUGAAGAGCCAAACUGGAAAUCAGCCACAAACCAAUACACCCUACAAAAGGAAAACAUUUUGAAGAAGUAUGCCUGCCUAACAAAAGAAGGUCUGGAUGAGAUUUUGGAGAUAGUGUCAGAGGCUGCCGGCCAAGGUGUGACCAUCACCGGGGACAUACAUCGCAACUCGUGGGACUGGGCAAACUCCGUAAUCUUUGCUUCCACCAUAGUCACCACUAUAGGUUUUGGUAAUGUUGCUCCCAGGACUAAAAGUGGCCGUGUGUUCUGCAUCCUGUACGGUCUGUGUGGGAUCCCCCUGUGUCUGGUAUGGAUAAGCGAGCUGGGUUCAUUUUUUGGAGACCGGGCCAAACGUCUGUCCCAGGUUCUGAUCCGUAAAGGCGUUUCAGUGAAAAAGGUGCAGUUAACCUGUACAGUCAUAUUCCUGUUAUGGGGGCUGUUGGUGCACCUGGUGAUCCCUCCAUUUGUUUUCAUGUCUGUGGAAGGAUGGAGCUACCUGGAAGGCCUCUACUUCUCUUUCAUCACACUCACAACAGUUGGUUUUGGAGAUUAUGUGGCAGGUGUAAAUCCAAACAUGGAAUACCCCAGACUGUACAGAGUAUUUGCAGAGUUAUGGAUCUACAUGGGCCUGGCCUGGCUGUCUCUGUUCUUCAGCUGGAAUGUCAACAUGGUAGUGGAAGCUCACAAGGUGCUAAAGAAAAGAAGACACAGGCACAGACGCUUCUAUAAUGAGGAACCCAAGCCUGUAGAGGACAAGCACAACCCAUAUGUAAAGCCGACAGCUAUCGACAUCUUUAACUUCCCAAAAGAGGAAGACUACAGCACUGUCAUCAAGGCGAUUGGAGCUACAGCAAAUAAAAUAAAGCCUGCAGAAAACAUAAAUCGCUCUAAGAGCUGCAGCGACAUCUUGGCCACCUACAUCCAGACCCUGGAUCACUCACCUCGGCACAGACGCAUGAUCAGCAUCAGCGAAGUUUUCAUAAAUGCAAAGGCUGUCGUAGACAAAGGUGAACAAGAUGAAGUGCGUUCUCUAAUGCAAGAAAGCAAUGGAGACCCUGAACUUGCAGAAUGUGUGAGGACGGAUAAUGAGCAGAACAAGGACAGUUGUGCAUUUGAUUCAGAAACUGAUGGUAUCAUCUUCACUGUACCUACCAAAGAUGCUACAGAAGUGGAAUGUGUACAGCAUCCUGAUGGUGGGGGGACUAGGUUUACAAUAUCCAAGGUAGCAGAGGGAGAUGUGUUAAUGGAUAAAGAUGAAAAAGGGUAAAUGAUCUCUUCUAAAAUUUCCUUUACCUUUAGCAAAAUUGUGGAACCGUUCAGGCUGUACUGUGGGAAGGAGUUUUAUACAAAUUUAUCGUAAAUACUGUUAUGUAUCAAGACAACAAACUGAAUUUUGUGAAAAUGAUGCUAAAUGACUGACAAACUAAGGAUGCACCGUUCAACGGUUUCCUGCUUUACAAUGACAUUAUUUUAUUCAACUUUUCAAUUAUUAGCUGCACACAAUGAGCCAGUGUAUGUAUCAUGCGAAUCAAGACUUUCUAUUUUUUCAUCCCAUACCCAUCCAAAUCUUUUGUUACAUUUCUAUUCUUAAACAGUAGUGACCAUAGAUACAUAAUACACAGAUUAUUUCAAAUUACAGCACAGGGCUUUGUGGAAAACAGAACAAUUAGCAACUUCUAGGGAGCUGCUACACUGGAGGCCAUGAUCAACAUACUCCUCGCUCACCACUGGCUGCUCUGAGUGAAUGUUCUUGAUCUGGAUGACCUGGAGGAAACAUGAAUAAAAUUCUAUUCAAAUAACAAUAUUGAUAUAUCAUUUCAUUAAAAAGGAAACAGAAAAACAACAACCCUACGUAUCAAAGCCAAGUGGAUCUUCAGGGACAUACUUUGACAACUUCAUGCCAUUUGGAUGACAACCCAGCCAUAUAUCACCUGUCUGGUGGUCCACCUCGAUGUUAUCAGAGUGACCCAACAGCUACAGACUGGUUGGAAACAUUGCAUACAGUUAAUGAGAGUAAAGCAUGUAUAAAUAAAUUGUUUUUAGGAUUAAGUUGCGUAGAAAAAGCACAGUUAUAGUGAUGUUAAAAAAAUAGUUCGACAUUUUGGGAAAUCUGCUCAUUUGCUUUCUUGCACAGAGUUAGAUGAGAAGAUUGAUACCACUCGCAUAUCUGUACGUUAAAUGUGAAGUUACAGGUAGCAGCCGGUUAGCUUAGCUUAGCUUAGUUUAAAAACUGGAAACACAGAGAAACAGCUAGCCUGGCUCUGUCCAAAGGUAAUGACAUCCACCUACCAACACCUCUAAAGCUCAGUAAUUAACACAUUAUAUCUUGUUUGUUUAAUUUGUACAAAAACAGAAGUGUAAAAACAACAAUUUCAGGUUUUACAGGGGGUUCCGGUCUGUCUGAUAAGCUAAGCUAAUCGGCUGCUGGCUGUAAUGAUUCAUAUUCAGCUGGCAGAUAUAAGAGUGGUAUCGAGCUUUUCAUCUAACUCUUGGCAAGAAAGUCAAUAAGCAUAUUUACCAACAUGUUGAAGUAUUCGUUUCAUUUUUUUAAAUUUUUUUUUGCUGAGGGUAGAAAAUAAGAAAACACUGCAUUACCUUAAGUUUCCACUAAUUCACUAAUUGUUCCCCUUCUUGUCUCUCAAAAACGUCUAUCUCAUGGUCUAUGAUAUCUGCAACAUAAAUGUACCUGUAAAAAAACCCAUUCCUGUUGUAUUAUUUUAGUAUUAUACAGGAAACAUUGCUGUGGAACUAUAUUUAAUAAAAAAAAAAACAUGCACAUGCA